AAAGAAAGAGACAAAAAAAAUGUCCCGUUAAAAAUUAAUAACAAUAUUGAUAUACACAAAUGGUGAUGGUGGUGGUUGUUGUUCUUUAGUUUGUCCUCUAAUCUAAUAAAGCUAUUGUAAAAAUCAUAUAGAAGAGUAAGCGAAGCGAAGCGGAGAAGUGAAGUGAAGAAUAAAUAAGCAGACAAUUAAAGUCUACUCUUAAUAAUGGGCGCUAAUGUUUCUCAACUAGAAAGAGAAAUCGGUUCGGAUAUGUUUCCGCCAAAUGAACAUUACUUCGGUUUGGUUAACUUCGGCAACACUUGCUACAGCAACUCGGUGUUACAAGCAUUGUACUUUUGCAAGCCAUUUCGUGAAAAAGUUUUGGAAUAUAAAGCGAAAAAUAAACGCCCUAAAGAGACAUUGCUAUCGUGUUUAGCCGAUCUUUUCUAUAAUAUAGCUACACAAAAGAAAAAAGUCGGCUCUAUAGCACCCAAGAAAUUUAUUGCUCGCCUUCGCAAAGAAAAAGAGGAAUUUGAUAAUUAUAUGCAACAGGAUGCUCAUGAAUUUCUUAAUUUCCUCAUUAAUCACAUCAAUGAAAUCAUAUUAGCAGAGCGCAAUGCCUCGAAAAAUAAUGUGAAUAGUGGAGUUGCAGGUGUCAUGGGAAGUGGAGGAGGCGGAGGAGGAGGAGGAGGAGGAGCAGGUGGAGGAGGAGGGAGUGGAGGAGGAACAGCAACUAAAUCAUCGUCGACUACCUCUACAUCGACUUCGGCCUCGAAUUCUACUAGUAACGGGGCAUGCACAAAUUCAUCGGGUUCAUUAAACGGUCUAGGUGUUAGCAUAGGAAUUGCGGACACCUCAACGUCUACACAAAAUAAUUCUGCCAAUACCGAGCCAACGUGGGUGCAUGAAAUCUUUCAAGGCACUCUAACCUCAGAGACCCGUUGCCUAAAUUGUGAGACUGUAAGCAGUAAAGAUGAGCAUUUUUUCGAUUUACAAGUCGAUGUCGACCAAAAUACAUCAAUCACGCACUGCCUGCGCUGCUUUAGCAAUACGGAAACCCUAUGUUCGGAUAAUAAAUUCAAAUGCGACAAUUGUUGCAGUUAUCAGGAGGCACAAAAACGUAUGCGUGUCAAGAAAUUACCCAUGAUUUUGGCUUUACAUUUGAAACGUUUCAAAUACAUGGAGCAAUUUAAUCGUCAUAUUAAAGUCUCACAUCGUGUAGUAUUCCCGUUAGAACUUCGACUAUUUAAUACGUCCGAUGAUGCAGUCAAUCCGGAUAGACUUUAUGAUUUAAUGGCUGUCGUCAUACAUUGCGGUUCGGGUCCAAAUCGUGGUCAUUACAUAAGCAUUGUUAAAAGUCAUGGACUUUGGUUGCUAUUCGAUGAUGAUAUGGUUGAUAAAAUUGAAGCUUCAACGAUAGAAGACUUUUAUGGUUUAACUUCAGAUAUUCAAAAAUCUUCGGAAACCGGAUAUAUACUAUUUUAUCAAUCAAGAGAUUGCAAUACAUAAAAGAAAAAAAAAAUGAAGUUUUUUUUUAAAAAAAAAAUAAAAUAAACUAUUAAUUUAACAUACUUUUAGUUUAAUUAGUAUUUAGUCCAUGAAUUUCAAAAAUACUGUCAUUGUUUAAAAGAUACUUUAUAACCGAAUUUAAGAGUUAAGAGUUUUUAACGAUUUGUUGAUUUCGGGUAAAUAAAAUCGCAUUCAAAUUGAAGUAAAGCAGAAAAAAAAGAAUAGCUUAAUGACUGCUAUGCAAUCAUUUGAGUAGGAAUAGAAAGAGACAGGUUGCUGGCAUUCUUGUUAAGCUGAUGAUAGCAAAAUUUUCAUUUUGAAUGAAUUGAAAGUUCAAGGGCAAUAAACCUUGCCCUAGUAUACAGUCUUUUAGUAGAAAGAUCUCGAAUAGUAGACAUUGUCUAUAUAAGAUAAAUAGUGGCGCCUUUUACACUAACGAAGUUUGACUAAAGCCUAAAGCAAUUAUAGUAGGAAGAGUGAAUCGGUGAGAAAGAGGAACGAGGGUGAAAGAAAAAAAGUAAAAAGUAGAAAAGGGAGAUGCCAGCAGCCCGUAUACAAGUAAAUGGACCGAUUGCACAAAUAGGAUUUAGGACGCAUCAGGAGGUUCAGUUUUGAUAAGAAAUCAAUUUUCAAGAAAGUAAGUAUCAAACAAAAAAUAAUUCUUGUAUUGGAUUCCAAUGGGUUCCUAAAAAUAAGCUUUCCACAUAUUUUUGGUAAAAUGAAAAGUUAAUUUAAAAAAAUUUCCGCGAAUAUUUUAUUCAAAAUAUGAUCCUUCAACAACAACAGCAAUUUGCCAUUUAAGCCGAUUCGUGGCUGCGUUUACUCAAAAGAGUGCAUGUACUGCUCAGAUGGGUCGCUGAUUGCAAUAAGCGAUAAUAAGAUAGUGAGAGCAUUGCUGGUGAAACCAUCGAGGAUGCUCAUGCGAGUGUUUAAUGCUUACUCCGUGGAAAUUUUGAAACAGUUGAUCGAGAGUUACUAUGCAAAGAAUACACUCAUGGUAUCUUUUCUCACGCUGACGUAAUUCGGCCUUUAACAAGGAUCUUAGUUGCGUCAAUUAUUAUUAAUAGUACGUCCUUGUGUUUGUAUUGUUGGCUAAUUAUAGUUUACAACAAACACCCAGUUUUUCUCAUCAAAUGUAGAGCUUGGAAGCUUGGAGCUACGAAAAUUCAUCUUUGCUGCCAGUGUUAAUAGUUUGCCUUUCUUGCAUAAAAUAUUUUUACAUUUUAUUAUAAUAGGUGUACAAAUUAAUUCCUUCCGUUUUUUGAUACAAUUCAAUACAACAAGAACGCACAUCUCUCACAUAGGUCGUCCUGCCUUAAAGGUUUAAUAAGUUUUUCUUUGGCUUUUUGUCAACAUUUGAAAAGACUUUGUGCUUAGUGAUUUUGAACAUGAACUUACAUAUCAUAAAAUAUAAUAAAAUGAUAUAUGCAUUUAAGUGACCAUUCGUGCGUAACACCAGAGCCAACAAAUAAUAAAAUAUGCACAUUUUCAAUUAAGUUUCCAUAUAUGUGUUUAUACUCCCAAGUAAUAGUUGCUUUUUAGCCUUGAGACUAUUAUUUAUUACAUAUUCACGCAUUUUUCAAAUCUUAUGUAUUUUCCAGCGAUAUUGAUUUGCAUUCGGACAAGUCUUUAAGUAUUUUCAAUAAAUUUAAAAUACUUGCUUUUAGAGAUAAAAUAUAAGCAAAAAAAAAAACUAAGAAAUUUUUAAUUGACUUCGAGCGAGUCUUACAUAUCUGCUAACCAACAAUGCGAGUUUAUUAAGAUAUAUUAGUUUCGAUAAAAAUUUUUACUUGUGAUACUAGGUCGAGUUUCAUAUAGCCCGUAUAUAAGCUAUCUGUUGCUAGUGAAUAAUCUAAAAUUUAUACAUUUCAAGUUUUUUUUUUCUCUUCAUUAAUAAUAAUACUUGUGUAAAAUCUAUUUAUGGUAGAGCAAACCCAAUCCUCCAUCUAUCAAUCAUAAGAGAAACAUAGGCAAAAAUAGGGUUAAAGGCGAUUAAGUUCGCUGAAUGCAAGAAUAGACAACGGAAAUAUAUUCAGCCGUCAAUAGGUCAAAACCCCAAUCCAUUCAAAAUAAACGUUUGUUUACUUAAUCAUCUACUUAAUCAUCUGCUAUCGAUCAUCUAUUCAAUACUUUCAUAAACGCUUCCUAGAUCCAGCUAUUUUUAAGAUUACAUAGUAUAAACCCAUAGAAAUACAUAGUAUUUCCACUUUACUAUUACCAUUGCUUUGUCACUACU